GUAUAAGAAAGGUUAAGCUUUUGAUGCAACUCUGACAUUUGGCAUUUCGGUAGAUAAGUCAGCAGAAAUGUCAUCUGGUUUUUGUUGUCAUUUAUUAAUUUCUGUACAAUUGUUUGACAUCUUUCAAUAUUUAGUGGUGCAGGUUUUCAUCUAUUGAAUAAAUAAAAAUCGGACUUCGUACUUUGGUAAUUUAUUUAAAGCUUUUAGAAAAUUCUUAACGAAAUAAAAAAUUAAGUAUUAUUAGUUAGAAUUUGUAUAUAAAAAGUCUGUCAAUAAAUGAUCCCGUGUGUAUUAAUAAGACGAUAAAUGUGUGGGCAGAAAAAGAAGGAGGCAACAAAACAAUUGUAAACUAUACUAACUAAAUAAAAUCUAGGAAAAGAAGUUUUAAUACAUAUAUUUGAAGAGAUUUCGCAACACCAUUUUAAGCUCAUCAACAACAAAAAAAAAUGUUCAGUCGACUUCGUGAUUUCGCCACACGGCACCGACGAAAAUUUAUUGUCACAGGCGUUUUAGUUGGAGGCACAUACGUAGCCAUCAAAUAUGCACAGCGAAAGCUUAUUGAAUAUCAAACGCGUCAAGCACGCGAGUUUUUCGAAAAGACAAAACGUAUGCAACAUUUUGAAACAACAGAACACACCUGCAAUAAGGUAAUCAUUGGCAUGGGCACAGAAUUGUAUGCAGCCAUAAUACGUGAAUGCAAUACCAAUGCCUUGCUCGAACAACUUCGUCAGAAUCCACCUAAUAAACUAGAAUUGUGGGAGGAAAUGAAGAUUGUCGCGUUCACGCGUCUCACAACAUUCAUUUAUGCCUCUUCAAUGUUGGUCAUCGCCUUGCGUGUACAAAUGAAUUUGCUUGGCGGUUACUUAUACCAAGACGUCACGUUGGAAAGAAAGCAGAUCGCUGAAGAACUGAAGCAACAGUAUCUCUCACUCAUUGGUUAUUUCAUACACGAUGGUGGUUUAAGUGAGCUAAUACGUGUAAUACGUGCAAAAGUGCUUGUUGUUAUGAAAACAUUGCCGCUGUCGAAGCGUUUUAGUCUCUCUGAUCUAGAACAACUUUUUUGGACACUACAAAUGGCUAUCAAUAGCGAUAUAGGCGAUCCCAAUUCAAAAAUUGCCACAUACUUAUUGCCACCGCAAAUACCAGAAUAUAAUACAGUGGGACCACUAUUACAAAAAAUGUACAAUGAAACCUUAGACUUGUUGGAGAGCGAUGAUGCAGCUAGCGUAUGCGCGAACAGUAUCUGUCGUGGCUUUUCCUUGACAGUAGAUGCCGUGGCAGAAAGUAUUGGCGAGACAUUAACGCAAGCGCAAAGGAGCACAUCAAGUGCGGAGAAUAAAACCACAAACAAAGGAAAUGAGGGUGGCGAUGUGGCAACAGCAAUGACAAAUAGUGUACUCAGUAUAAAUAGUGUAGAAAUGGCUUUGGCUAAGCUUAUACCGAUUGUAAGUGGCGUAACAUCGCAAGGUUUUGAUGAAAAGUCGCGUCCACAAAAUUUAGCCACCUCGUUGAUCACAUUUUAUUUGGUUGAUGAGAAGAGCAAAGUAUUUGGUGCCAAUGUGUAUGAAACGUUUAGUUCCACAUAAAUAUAUUUAUUGUGAAAAUUAAUACAACAAAUAGGAGGCCUUUGAAGCGCAAACCUACUUUUGACUGUCGAUGAAAAUUUAAGUUUUUAUAUAUUAUAUUUUGUUCUGCAAUAGCAAAAAUGUACCUACAAAAGCUUGUUACUUUAAAACUAGCUUUUAAAGAUACCAAGGCAUAGCAGCAGGAAGCAUGAUAAAAAUAAAAUCUUAUGAAGAUUAGUUAGACCCCAGUAGAAUUUUAUAAAUUCACUAGCGCAAAUGCAUUGAAAAUGGAAUUAGGGUGAAAAUAAUUUGUAAAAUUAUAUGUACUCAAAUUCUUAGUGACAUUAAACGAAGUAAGCUUAAUGCAAACAAAUUUCUGUAAACUAAGUGCUACACAAAGAUUAAAUAUGACAUUGUAAUCAUAACGGUAAAUAACGCUGCAGUGAAUUGUAAAAAUUAUUGUAGCUGUGCAAAUUUUAUAUAAAAAACCAUUCAUUCCAAAAAAAAACUACCAUAAUAAACAAGGAACUUUCCACGUCAAUUUA